CAAGGCAGGGCAAGGCAACCGAACGAAACACAGCGACGAGCCGACGACGACGCAAACAAUAGCGUUAACGCGUUACCUGCAGGUAGCAUUUCGGCUGACGAUGCGGUGCGAUGGACCUUUGAGUUAAUUAGUUGGAAAUCUGCACAUUAGAACCUUCCACGAGCCGCAAGAUGAGGUUCCUCGAGAGCUUGGUAUUUACUCUCUGCAUCACGCAUUCCCUUGCUCUGAUUCAGUCCCCACCAAGGAUGGUGAAGCAGCCACCCACGGAUGAAAUCCUCUUCCAAGUUGCAAUCAACCAAAAUGAAAACGACAAACCGUUUAUCAUCGAGUGCGAGGCCGAGGGAGAACCAGCCCCAAGAUAUCGAUGGAUCAAAAACGGCAAGCCAUUUGAGUGGCAAACUUACGACGACAGAAUCUCACAGCAGCCUGGCAGAGGUACAUUGGUGAUUACGAUCCCCAGAGAAGAAGAUAUUGGUCAGUACCAAUGCUUUGCCACCAAUGAGUGGGGUACAGCAACUUCAAAUUCGGUUUUUGUUCGAAAAGCUGAGUUGAACAGCUUCAAAAGUGACGAAGAAGAGGAGACUCUAGACGCUAAUGAGGGUGAACCGUUCAAGCUGAAGUGUCAGCCGCCAGACGGUUGGCCAAAGCCAGAGGUGCAUUGGCUUAUUCAAAGCGAAGAGGGAGGAAUCAAGAGUAUCAACAGCUCUCGCAUCACCCUCGACCCUGAGGGCACACUAUGGUUUUCCAACGUGACCAGAGAUGAUGCCAGUCAAGACGCGAGUUACGCCUGCUCGGCAACAUCCCGUUUCAGGAACGAGUACAAAAUUGGCAACAGAGUGAAGCUCAAUGUUGUGGCUACUGGAACUUCAGCAGCUCAAAACCGACACGAGCCUGUUCAGCAGUACGUGACCAGGAAGAACGAAGUGGCAUACCUCGGAAGGAAAGUGGAGCUGUUUUGCAUUUUCGGUGGAACACCUCUUCCUCAAAUUCGUUGGACAAAGCGAGGUGGUCCUUUACAACAUGAGCGAGUUACUCAGAACAACUAUGGUAAAAGUUUGGUGAUAAAGCAUGCCAAUUUCGAAGAUGAAGGAGAUUAUAGCUGUGAAGCUUCAAACGGUGUUGGAUCUGCAAAGAGUUACUCCAUUAAGCUUUCUGUGCUUGCUGCACCAUACUUUACAAAAGAACCACAAACUGUGAGUGCUGCUGAGGAUGAGACCAUUGAAUUUAACUGUGAAGCGAAAGGUGUUCCGGAACCUCAGAUCAAGUGGGUCUACAAUGGAAUGCCAAUUGAACAAGCUCCCGUCAACAGCAGGCGCAGGAUUCUGCAGAAUAAAAUCAUCAUUGAGCGCCUUGUAAAAGGUGACACUGGUAACUAUGGGUGCAACGCAACAAAUAGCAUUGGCUACGUCUAUAAGGAUGUCUACGUCAACGUUUUGGCCCUUGCUCCUGAAAUAACCGAGGCUCCAAACAACAUUUCUGUUGUGAAUGAUAAAGACGCUACUCUUACUUGUCGAGUUUUCGGUGCACCAAAGCCUCUUGUCAAAUGGAUCAGAGGAGGUACAGAGUUAACAGGUGGAAGAUACAAGAUCAAGCCUAAUGGAGAUUUGACGAUCUCGAAAGUAAAUUUCUUGGACGCCGGUGAUUACAUUUGUCACGCAACUAAUAAAUUUGGAAAAGAUGAAAAAUAUGGUAGCUUGACGGUCAAAGAGAGGACUAGAAUAACAGACGCACCUGAGGACUAUGAAGUUGCUGCUGGUAUGACAGCUACCUUUAGAUGUAAUGCAGUCAGUGACCCAAGUUUGAAAAUGGUUAUCAACUGGCUAAACAACAACCAGCAAAUCGAUUUUGAAGCAGAACCUCGUUUUGUCAUUUCCACUGAUUACUCGCUAACAAUCACAAAAACCAAUGAAUUAGACUCUGGCACAUACACUUGCGUAGCAGUUACUGACCUUGACAGUGAAAGCGCGAGUGCAACUUUGACAGUGCAAGAUGUUCCUAAUCCGCCAAGACUAAAAGGAAAUGGAGCACGAUGCAGUGAACUAGAGGCUAGUGUUAGUUGGGAGCCACGGGGUGACAACCGAGCUCCAAUUGUACGCUAUACUAUUCAAUACAACACCAGCUUUACUCCCGAUUCAUGGGAUAUUGCUGCAGAAAAAGUUCCAGCAACAGAAUCUACCUACUCUGUCCCAUUGAGCCCAUGGUCGAAUUACACCUUCCGCGUCAUCGCAUGGAACAAAAUUGGCCAGUCACUGCCAUCACCCCACUCAUCAGUUUGCACCACUCAGCCUGCUGUUCCUGCCAAAAACCCUGACAACGUGGAAGGGAAAGGAGAUCAGCCUGACAACUUGGUCAUUUCGUGGACACAAAUGCCUGAGAUCGACCACAAUGCUCCCAGAUUCCAGUAUCGAGUAAUGUGGCUUCGAGACAUACCUGGUGAACAGUGGCAGUCCAGGGACAUUUCAGAUUGGACAGUGGGCAGGAUUGUUGUGCCAAACCAGCCAACGUAUCAGCCUUACAAAAUCAAAGUGGUUGCAAUCAAUGAAAAAGGCCAAGCUAACGUGGCGGCACAAGAAGUUCGAGGAUAUUCGGGAGAAGACAGCCCUAUCCAAGCUCCAAGGGACUUUAAUGUUACUGUUAUUGAUAGCACCAGUGCAUUGCUCAGUUGGGAACAAGUGACCGACGAAAGUGUUCGUGGAGAAUUCAAGGGUUACAAGAUUCAAACGUGGACCGACAAAGAAGGAAUUGAGAACAUGAGGGAGAUCCAUGUUGCUAAAGAUAAUUCGCGUGCACUUAUCAACAAGUUUAUUCCCUACUCCAAGAAUUUUGUCAGAAUCAUGGCAUACAACGGUCGGUUCAAUGGUCCUCCCAGUGAAACUUUGUCCUUUAACACACCUGAAGGGACACCUGGGUCUGUGGCUUCCUUGGAGGCUCACCCUCUAGGAUCAUCAGCAUUUCUCCUAAAGUGGCAAAAGCCCUUGCAGACAAAUGGUGUGUUGACUGGCUACAGGAUUUACUAUCAACCAGUAACUGGCACUAAAGUUGGACCUUUGGUCGAAAGGAAACCUAUUACAGAACCUAAACAACUUCAUGCAAAGUUGGCAGGGCUUGAUUCUAACACAAAAUAUAGAAUACACAUCAAAGCUACCACAAGAGCUGGAGAGGGCAACGGCUUUUUUGUUGAGGCUAACACUUUGCCAGCCAUUGCAAAGCUGCCUGACACUCCGCAGUUCCGUUGGAAGAACGAAGCGUCUGACAAUGGACUUUCAAACAUUAGGGUAGUGUGGUUGCCGAAUGUCGAGGGACACCCAGGUUCACAUUUUACUGUAAAAUACAGGAUACGUGGUGAGCCAAUGUUUGAAGAGACUGAUCCUCAGUUGGAAGAGGACUACAUCAUUGUGAGAGGACUGAAACCAGGAGAGACUUACGAAAUGCAGGUUGUUGCUGUUGAUGGUGACCACAUUUCGGAGAGCAAGAUCCAGGAAGUUGAGACUUACAGUGAUGGUCCCAUCAUCCAGCCAAGAGAAACUGUGGCUACAGCAGGAUGGUUUAUUGGCAUGAUGCUGGCCAUAGCUGUCCUUUUGCUCGUCCUCAUUAUUGUGUGCAUUGUCAAGAGAAAUCGCGGUGGAAAAUAUGCUGUGCAUGAACGAGAAGUUGCUCAUGGCCGGUCUGACUAUCCCGAAGAAGGAUUUCAUGAAUAUUCCCAGCCACUUGAUGGAGGAAAAGGACGAGGCUCAUUAAGUAGUGAUGCAAAAGGAAUGGCUGAGAGUGAUACGGAUUCCAUGGCUGAAUAUGGUGAAGGAGAUGCCGAAGGCAUGAAUGAAGAUGGGUCGUUCAUUGGUCAAUAUGGUCGCAAGAAAGCACAACAAAGACUUCUGCAGAUUCAGCAAGAGGAAGCUGCUGCUGCAGCAGCUGCCGCCGCAGCCGCCAAUAAACAAUAUGGGGGAGGUUUCGCCACUGUAGUAUAGACUGAAUUCAAGACGAUUCACAGAGGAUGGCUCAUUCAUUGGACAAUAUGUUCCUGGCUCAAAGCCUCGCCCAGGCAAAGCUGUUGACCAACCUUCUCCUUCGGCUCUAGCUACGUACGUCUAAUGAUGAACCUUCUUCAAAGAAAAAAGUGCACACCUGGCAUCAGGUAGGCGGCAGCUUAGUUAUUUCCAGGAGUGUCUUCUUGAUAGGGGCUAAGGACAAUUUUAUGACGAGUGCUAUGAGCACUGAACCUUGGACAUUACUGUCAAUUGUAUUUAGAUAGCGACGAUGAGCAAUGUACCAAACUAUGGCUUGAAGAUCACGUUUGCUGCUGUAAAAAAUCAAAAUUUUCUCUCGCUAAUGGCUGGCUUUUUUGUUAGCAUUUAUUCAAAGACAAUAUUUCUUACGUAUGCGUUGCAAUGAGCAAUAUUUUUAACAAUCAAGCAUUGAAAUUAACCUCAAAACAAUCAAAUAUUAAAGCACUCCCAAUGACGUGAAUAUGUACAAAAGUGGUGCCUCGUUGAAGAGAUAAGGCAGUAGUACGCCCAGGACAAGAAAAUUAUUUCUUAUUUUAAACAACGCCAAAUUUCAGUCCUUGAUUGUUGAAAUGAAAAUAUAUAGGACAGUCCAGCCUUUGUCUUGAUUAUUUUAAUGUGGUCCUGUGUAUGUAUUUCCAAUGUGGAACCUAGCAACUCCUAAGAAUCACGUGAUGCCGUGUAAACUUGUUGAUAUAGGCAAGGAUAUUGUUUUUGUACUAGAUUUAAGUAAGUAGGCAAAUCUCACACAUCAAUCUGAACACUAACCUAUCUAGAGAUAACUAAGAAUCGUACUGCUGCUUAUAGUUGAAAAAUGUUUUCAGUAGUUGCUGGAUACACGUUCGUAGAUGUUUAAUUGGUUAGUCUACUAGCUGUUGCUGUUAUUCACAAUUAAUUAGGAAUCAAUGUGCAAAUGUGUGCGAAUGCUGAUGAGGCCUUGUUGCAAAGAGACAAAAUAUUGGAGAUAAUUGAUAUUAACACAGAACACUGCCUUGAUUUUGUAACAAAUUAUGAGGAAAUUAACCCAAUUUUUAUAUCACUCUCAUUUCUGCUGGAAGCUAAAGAUGAAAAUUAUUUUUUGCUAAAUGAUAAAAUGAUGUGAAUCUCGAUCAGAUCUGUAUGUUUUUUUUACUUCUGAAUAGAGUGAUUGUUUGUCUAUCAUUAUAUGCUAUUAUAUAAUGCUUAUUGUAACUGAUGCAAGUUGAGGGAGAAUUGAAUUGUGGUAUGGCAACUUUAUUGUAGUGGGUGGAUCUGAGAUAACAGGGAUAUCUGUUGUAACCAGCAAGACUUGCUCUAUGUAAGGGUAAUAGAACUAGUUGUUAAGAAUGCACGUAAACGCAGGCAAAGACAUUUCCACGGUUCAAGUGCAUGUUGCGAGCUAAUUGCAUGUUAAAUCGAAUGAGUUCAGUUUUUAAACCAGUUGAUAUUAAUUGUGGCACACUCCUUUUUAUGAUGCCCAUAUUUUUCUUUAUAUUGUGUUAAAAUAAGGGGAGUCGAGCACCAAGCCGGAUUAAUAUUUCUAUCUCCUGAAAAACUCUGCUUUGCUGCCAUUAUCCAAUUUUAAUUUAUCUAAAGAUCCACAUAUUUAGUUGUUAGUCAUUUAGUUGUGUUAGCUAAAGUGCCUUAUGUAAUGUCGUCUUUUUUAGACCAAUUGGUUUCUUUGUCAUUCUGAAAGGCACUGCUUUAAAUAACGUGGUGAGGGGUUUAUGUGAUAGGAAAAAAUUAACACACACAUGUAACCAGGCCUCUAUUUAUUAAUUUUGCUUUUUUUU